AGUCUAUAUAUAUAUAUAUAUAUUUGGACACCAACACCAAUAUGUCACAGCCACAACAACACUCUUCCACUAAUAUUACUACCACUUAAUAAUUUAACAUUUCUUUAAGAAAUCAUCAUAACCAUGGUAGAGAUUGAUCCAGAUUUCAUUCAAGCACCAGAACACAGACCAAAACUAAAUGUCAUAGAAGCUGAAAACAUUCCAGUAAUAGACCUAUCACCAAUAUUAAACAAUUCUAUUGAAAAAGACCCUUUAGUUUUUGAUGAACUUGUGAAGAAAAUAGGAAAUGCAUGCAAAGAGUGGGGAUUUUUUCAAGUGAUCAAUCAUGGUGCUCCACUUGAAAGUAGGCAGAAGAUUGAAUCUGUUGGGAAGAAAUUCUUUGGACAAAAAUUGGAAGAGAAGAAGAAAGUUAGAAGAGAUAUUGUUAAUGUUAUGGGAUAUUAUGAAACUGAACAUACUAAAAAUGUUAGAGAUUGGAAAGAAGUGUUUGAUUUUACUGUUGAGGAACCUACUUUGAUUCCUGCUUCAAUUGAUCCUCAUGAUAAAGAAGUUACUCAUUGGUAUAAUCAGUGGCCAGAGUUUCCACCAGAGAUGAGAGAGACAUUCCAAGAAUAUGCUCAACACAUGAAAACACUAGCACUCAAGAUAAUGGAACUAAUUGCCCUAAGCUUGGGAUUACCCCCAAAAAAAUUUCAUGAUUUUUUCAAAGAUGAAACAAGUUGGAUAAGACUCAACCAUUAUCCACCUUGUCCAAAUCCUGACAUUGUUUUAGGAUGUGGUCGUCACAAAGAUUCUGGUGCUUUAACUGUUCUUGCUCAAGAUGAAGUCAGUGGAUUAGAAGUGAGGAGAAAAUCUGAUGAUGAAUGGGUUCUUGUUAAGCCUUUACCUAAUGCUUAUAUUAUCAAUGUUGGUGAUGUAAUUCAGGUUUGGAGUAACGAUGCAUACAAGAGCGUUGAACAUAGAGUGAUGUUGAACACAGAAAAGGCAAGGCUUUCAUAUCCAUUCUUUCUCUUUCCAGCACACUACACCAUGGUGGAACCUUUAAAAGAGCUCACAAAUGAUCAAAAUCCUCCCAAAUAUAGACCUUAUAAUUGGGGCAAGUUUUUAGCUACUAGAAAACGUAGCAAUUUCAUGAAACUUGAUGUUGAAAACAUCCAAAUACAUCAUUUCAGGAUUAAUUAGAAACCAUUUUAGUAUAAUCAAGAUGAUGUUAUAUAUAUAUAUAUGUUUGCAUGCAAAAGGAGCCAUGAAUUAUUAAUGUGUUAUAUAUGUUUCAUCAAGCUAAGUGUAUGUAUGAAUAAGGCUCUAUAUGAACAAGUGUUACCAAAAUGUAUUAUCUUAAAUAAGGAGCCAUUUAUUGGCUCAUAAUUAAUUUCAAUUUCUAAAAGUAUUAUUUGUAUGUUAUUUUAUACAGUAUUAUUUAUAAAAAAAAUUCGUGACACGAUAUGUUAAGAAUUUAUUAUUUUUGGUAAA